GUAGCCUUCGGGGCGACCAGCACGCAAACGCAACAAAUAGCUGUGGGGAAGGGUACAGCAAAACCCGUCAACACUUUAUCAGUGCCGAAUUCCAGCAUCAUCGACGGAGAGGAAAUUAUUGAUUUCAUCGAGCUACCAGGAACGUCAAAAUUGAGUAACGCUCCAGCCUCGGCCCUGUCUAGCGUUUAGUGUGUUUGGCCUAGAGUCGCCUCAGGCAUAUGUCCGAUGAAAAACUGCGGUCCCAUGAGUGUGUUUCCAGUGAUUUUGUCUAGUGUAUAAACUUUAAUACCGUUUCCUAGCCCAGGCUUGGGGGUUUCGAGUCUAAAUCUCGAAGGUGUGUCGGAAUUCCGGUCCGAGUAAAGGAAUCGAAAAGGAUUCAGCGAGAGAGUUACAGACAGCAUGUUGAAGCAGGAAAAUUUGGCAGCCAACUUUUGCGGUCUACUAGCGCUCAGCGGAAACCGAGAUGUCGCCAUUGAGUGGCGUAUAUUGGGUAAGGAACAGGACAGCUCACUGCUGGCCAGCUGGGUUUCGUUCGACGCGAAGCGGAAUCGUGAUGAGCAGCAACAGGAACAGCGUACCAACAUCGGUAUUUACACGGCCAAGAGCAAAACAUUCGACGUGUUGUACACAUUUGCCGGGCGUGAAAACGUUAUCCAGGCUUCGGUGAACCGAACUCGCACGUUGCUGCUGUACGUGGUGAAGGAGCUCAAAAAGGACGAGGCCGAUCAGCGGAAACAAGAUGUAUACCGUGCGUACCUGGUGGAAGUACGACCCAAGGUCGACACGGUACGUCCGCAUCUACUGAUCGAGGUAGCUAACAAUCGACAGGUGAUGGCCACGUUUCUGUGGCGUAAACUGUCCACUUUCGAGAAGAACUUUCAGGAUAAGUUUCUCCUGCUGGUGCACCAUGAGCACGUGCUGCUGUACACGGUAUCAUUGAAAACGGCCACAGUAGACGGUGUACCGGUGGUAGCGACGAACGAGGACGACGAGCUGGUUACUGGAGGUGGUCGUAGGCGCAUCGAUUAUAUGAAUCCCCGCGCAUGGGAAGCCGACUGGGAGGGGCUGAAGAGUGAAACGAUCACAAAGAGCUUUAUCUGGGCCCAGUGGGACCCGUCUGUCCAGUCACUCUACUACAUACACCUGAAGCCGAGCAGCAGGACCAUCUUCGAGAAGGAGCUCGAAGAGGCUGAAGCAGAGCGUGCGGAAGAUGGAACGGGUACGGCCCAACCCGAACGGCGCAUGCAACCGACACUUUCCGCCUUUCAGUUCCACGAUGAUCUACCCACCGAAACGGUGCUUAACAUUCCGCUAAAUUUGCCCAAAAUACCGGCCUCAAGUAGCGAGGAUAUCUAUGAAGAUGAUACGGUUCCGUUGCGUAUACACGAUUCCUCGCUCAACCUCGUGAUAGUGAGCGAAGAGACUGGGAUGCUGUUCGUGUGCCACUACUAUCUGUACCAACCGAUCAAACCGCAGGAGGAUGACAAUGCUCACAGUGGUGGGGCUUGUGCUUCCGGUCAACCCGGUCAGUCUAGUACGGUUUCACAACCCAAUUUCGAUGUACACUUCGCAUAUUCGGUAACGAUCCUGCACCAUGGCUGCGUGAUACAUUGUGUGAUUCCUGGCAUUCCCUGGGAGAAGGCAAAGCUAAUGAAACCCACGUUCACGCUUCAUGGGGAUCAUCACGUGCUGGUGUUUCAGGCAGAUCUUUUCAUGCAUCUGCUCGAUGUGGGCUUGUCUCACGAACCAUCGUGUCACAUUGUUUGUGCACCGUUCACCCGGGCCCCGAUCACGCAGCUAGUACCGUGUUUUACGACAAACAACAUCUGCUACGAUUCAGCAACGCUUGAUCUCAUCUCGAUUACCAUCCCGAAGGCACAUCUGAUCGAUGCGUUUCGCAAUGACACCUCGAUCGAUAAUCGACUCGCGAUCGUGCACUACUUCCUGGCUCACUCGAACGGGGACAUCAUUGAGAUAUUCUCAGAGAUACUGAGCAUCAUUAUGGAGCGACCGCUGCAUCUGGAUACGGUUCCGCUGCUAAAGGAAGCCCUCAUCGCUGGUACAUACGCGUCGGCCAAGAAAGGGCUAACGCAGGAUCAGCUCACUCUGUUCCGCUUACUACCGCUUACGUCGUGCAGCACCACAAAACCGAUCGAGGCUAAGGUGGGAAGGCUGAACGUCGGUCUGUCUCACGAAACCUUGUACAACACGACGAUGAUGCUGUUGUCGCCACAGCAACGGCUUUCGCCAUUCCGCAAGGACAUCUGGACGUUGCUAUGGGAGCGGUUGAACGAUAACAACAGCAAAGAGAGGAUGCGUUUCCACCAGGAACAGGUACGAGAGAAACUGAUGUACUCGCUGGCCUGUUAUCAGCCUGAAGCCCUGUCACGCUGCACCACACCGAUGUCACCGGCUAACCCGAUUGGUGGCACAGUAGGCACGGAAUAUUUUGUCAAUGCUGCGGCCUCGCGGCGCACACUUCCGAACGAUUUGCUGCCGUUCAUCGAGACGGAGGCAUGCACCGCCAACAAACAGGAGCUGGUCCUGAACGUGAACCUGCGUGAGCUGAGCAUGCAUCUCGUGAAGCACAGUGUUAAAGAGGUGACUGGAUUCCGCUGGCUCAAGACUGCUUUCUAUGAUAGCAAUCCGGCGACCUCACACGUACACGCCGUUGCCACUCGCUACGUGGCAGCCCAGCUGGAACAGGCACGUGCCCUGUGCGUGCUCGUCUGUCGCACUGCCGGACUCGAUUUGACGCUCGAAGCUAAUGAGCAGCGCGGGUUCGCUUUGAUUGAUCAGCUCGAGCGGUCACUGCUUGUGCGGCUGUUUGCUAUGCUCGAACGCUACUGCCUGGCUGCGGAGACCCUUGCCUUUCCGCUGCCGCUCGGAUUCUGUUCGUUCUUCUCGUAUCUUGGCUACCGGGCCCUAGCAUUCGACACAUUCAUGCAAUACGUCGAGCAUCACGUGUUCGAGUUGCAGAUUGAUGUGAUGAAGGUGAUAUUUGCCGAUAUUGAGGACACACAGGAUGGUAUUCGGCGCAAGCUGGCAUUGCUAAUGUUGUUGCCGCGUUCGCGGGCCCGUCGGCUGCUGAACAACUGGAACCAUCCGGUCAGUGUGAUGCUGCGCGGUCGGGAGCAUGCGAUGAACAUUCUCUCCGGUAACUCGGUGCACCCGCGUGGUUCCACUGCGCACAAGAAGCGUGACUAUCAACCGAAAGAUCUCAGCCAAGGAUUGGGUGCUGCCCGGAAACUACAGCAACCGCUGGAUAACUUUUUCGAUCUGCUCACUGCCAAAGCCAACCUCAACGAGCUCGAUUUCAAUUUGCUGAUCGAAACAACACUUACUUCGGUAGAAAAUUUUCACGUUUAA